AUGAAUUCUUCAAGAGGAAGCCCUCGAAGAGCGGUUAGCUCUCAUGAAAUUAAUUUAAACAACAGAUCUUUGCCUCGAGCAUCAUUAGAUAACAUCAUGGAGCAAAGCCGGAAUGUUGAGUCGCCAUUGAAAGAAAGCGGUACAUCCUGGGACAAUGAAAAACCACCCGUUGAUGAUUCAGAAACAUGUCCUUAUGGGUGCUGUGAAAAAAAGAAUCUUGGUGAUUUUAUAUUAAAACGAGGUUUUUUCGAAGGUGCAUGCUCCGAUAUCACUAUCAAAGCUUUCAAUCAAGAAUAUAACUUGCACAAAUUGAUACUAGAUAGAAGUGGUUACUUCAACUCAUUAUUCAGUGGACCCUGGAAUGAUCCAUCACAUACAUCACAUGAAUUAAUAUUUGACGAUGAUGAGAAUAUCACACAAGAAUCUUUUGAACUUGCAAUUGCCAGAUUAUACGGUGCAGUUAAUCCUAAAACUGAGAUUCAACAUACACUGAGUAUGAUUGCAGUGGGUCAAUACUUAGACAUUCCAGAAGUCGUUUGUUCUGCUACAGAUUGUAUUGUCAAUGCAUUAGAUUUCAAUAAUAUUGGAAGAUUCACAACGUUUGCUGUCAAUAAUAAUUAUGGCAAAGCCAGUGAAAGAAUUAUAGAUAGUGCUAAAGGUUUAUUAUGUGCUGAUGGAUGGCAAAAUGGACUAGAGAAAUGGGAUGAUAUUCCAAAUUCCAUUAUAGCUUAUGUCGUGGGACAUGACGCUUUCUUUGUGCCAUCCGAAUGGGAAAGAGCUAUAUUCAUCAUGAAAUUGAUUGAAAGGAGACAAACGUUAGAAAGGGAAAGUACUGCGUCUGUGGUAAGUGAAGAUGAAGAUGAAGACCUUGACUCUUUGUUUCAUUCAUUAAACACAAAAGUCCAUUAUUGUCAUAUGAGUGCUGAACAACUCCACAAACUUGAGGCUUUCACUGAUAACUCAGGUAAACCAUUGAUAGAUCCAUCAGUUUUGAGAAAUGCAUUGUGGUUAAGUAUUUCACUUCAUAAGAAAGUGGCUACAGCAGGUAGAGACAUUGAACUAGGUCUUGUUGGGACGUCUGAGAAUCCACCAGAUGGAGAAAACACAUGGUUCGUACCCACCAAAGAUGAAACGCUUUAUGGAACACCUCAACAAUUGGAAACUUCUAUUGGGAAACAUCACCAAAAUACACAGUAUGACCUACGAAGUGGGAAAACAACAGACAAUACCAGUGACUCGCUAUACAAAGUGACUCAUAUUCCACCAUUUAGAUUUUCAAUCGCUUUCAGCCAAGUUUCAGAACUUGAAGCUGAAAAAAGGGUCUAUGCUAAAACCUUGUGGUAUGCUGGAUCAUAUUGGAAUCUUUACAUACAAAAAAUAAGGCAUAAAAAAGGGUAUCAAAUGGGUGUUUAUAUUCACCGAGCAUCAAGUUCAGCACCAUCAAAAUCAGCAUUAUUGAAUAGAGAUGUGUUCAAAAAUUCAUCAUAUAAUUUGGAUAGUGAUCAAAGUUUUUCACAGUUAGCGGAUGAUGUGAAUAAUAUUUCAUUGAGAGAUGGUGAUAUUGAUUCUUCAUUUAGUGGUAAUUCUUCGUCAUUCAGUAAAUCGGAAUUGAAUGCUGCCCCUGAUAUUGAAGAUGAAUUAGAUGAAGAUGAUAAUGAAGGUUCCUUUUUGAGCUAUGAAGAUAACAGAGUCAGAACAUCUGUUUAUUAUGUUAUUUUUACACCUUCAAGAAAAGUUAAAACUUCAUUAACUUGUUUUAUUUCAACUCCUGAUCUUUUUAAUAAAUCGCAAAGUUGGGGUUGGAAAAGCAAUAGUAUGUGUGCAUUCAAUGAAGAUGGAACUUUGGCUGAAGGACAAGAUAAAUUGUUGAAAUUUAUGGUUAUUUUAGGUAGUGUUUAG